AUGAGAGUUGCGCCCAAAGAAAAAUGGGUCGAUGGGGAAAUCGCUCGCCAAUUCUGGGAGCGCACCAUACGUGAUGCUAGCGUGCAGUCAAAGAAGCAGUUCAUUGCGGUAAUGGUGAGGUUUCUAGAAGGCGUGGUGCAGCAGGCCAUGCCAUUGACCGAAGCGGUCAUUGUAUCCGUGUCAAUCGUCAUGCGCCGCAAGACCGUCGAAAUGACGCCUUAG